AUGGAAUCAAAGGAAACUGAUCGAAUACCAGACCAGGCCAAAACUUCUGGGCCUGUAGAAGACACUGAAAGAAAAUUCAGGAAGGCUAAGCAAGAAGAGGAGGAAGAGAAGAAAGUAGAGGCUGAUACUCCUCUCAAUCUUGCUGAUCUUGAAGCUCUCAAGCAUAAGGAUGAGAAGAAGAAGGGACAGAAGCUAAGCUCUAUUCUGAGAGAUGACGAGAUAAGUGAAGAGCUUAUUAAUAGCCUCUCUGAAGAUGACAAGAGAGGGGAGAACGAUGUUAGAGUUGCAAUCAUUGGAAAUGUAGAUUCAGGAAAAAGUACACUUGUCGGUGUCCUUUCAAAGGGAGAACUUGAUGAUGGAAGAGGAGCAGCUAGACAAAAUGUGUUUAAUUUCACUCAUGAAGCUGAGAACGGAAGAACCUCAAGUAUUGGACAGGAGAUCAUGGGAUUUACUGAGGAAGGAAAAUGGGUGGAGCCUGAGAGAGUCAAAGCAACUAAAAAUCAAUCCUGGAGCUUUGUAACAUCAAACUCUAAAAAGUUAGUUACAUUUAUCGAUUUGUGUGGGCAUGAGAAAUAUCUAAAAACAACUCUGUUUGGACUAGUCGGACUUCUGCCAGAUUAUUGUUUAAUUGUUGUUGGAGCUAAUAUGGGUGUAAAAAGAAUGACCAGAGAGCAUCUGGUGAUUGCACUUGCUUUGAAUAUUCCUAUAAUCGUAGCAAUCACUAAAGUUGAUAUUGCUCCAGAAGAGGUAUACGAAAAAACAAAGAAAAAGCUAUCUGGGAUCUUGCAAACUAAAUCAGCUUCAAAGACUCCUAUCUUCAUUGAAAAGGAUGAUCCUGACCUUGAUAAUAUUGCUGAGCAGAUGUAUGAUGGAAAUGUUGCUCCAAUUUUCAGUAUCUCAAACGUCACUGGUGAAGGAGUGAGCGAGAUGAAAUCUUUCAUGAGUAUGCUCAAAUCUAGAAUCUACAAGACUGGUAAAUUCCGUCCUCCAUCAGAGCCAGUAGAGUUUCUCAUCGAUGGAUUCUACAUGGUAACAGGUGUUGGAGGAGUAAUUGCAGGAACACUUACUUCUGGAACAGUAAACCUCGGUGAUACUCUUCUCCUUGGACCUGACAAUACAGGAAAGUUCAAAGAAGUUAUUGUCAAAGGAAUCCAUUACAAACGGACGCCAGUUGAGGAAUGUGUCUCAGGACAAGUUUGUUGCUUCAAUAUCAAGCCUGUUGGAAAGAAGGAGCAAAUGAAAAGAUCUAUUUUCAAGAAAGGAAUGAUAUUGAUCGGAAAAGAUGCUGAGCCUGAAAGUGUCUGGGAGUUUGUAGCAGAAAUAACAAUUCUCCAUAAUCCAACCACAAUUAAGAACAACUACCAAGCCGUCAUUCACUGUGGGGUUAUCAGACAGGCAGCCAAGAUUGUAAGCAUGAGUAAGCCUCACCUCAUGAUGGGAGAUAAGGAGUUUGUUCAUUUCAGAUUCAUGUACAGACCUGAAUUCUUAAAGGAAGGUGCUGUACUCAUGAUGAGAGAGGGUAAUACAAAGGGGCUUGGAACUAUUUGUUCUAUUGUCAGACCAUCAGCUGACAAGAAGAAGUAA